GCCAAUGUUAACGCAACAGAUCGGUUUGGAAACACGCCUCUACAUCUGGCUCUUCUAUACCACAGCUCGCAUGUCGUUGAGCUUAUUAUGGCCACCGAAGACGUCAAUUUGAACGCAUCAAAUGGGAGUGGAAAGACACCUCUCCAUUCAGCUGUUAAGUCUGCAUCACACCAUGUCAUUAGAAUGCUCCUCGCCGCCGAAGAUGUCAAUAUAAACGCAACAGAUGAGAGUGGAAAGACACCUCUCCAUUCAGCUGUUGAGUCUUCAUCCCAGCAUGCCAUUGGAAUGCUCCUCGCCGCCGAAGAUGUCAAUAUAAACGCAAAAGAUCAGAGUGAGGCCACGCCUCUACAUUUAGCUGUU